AUGGACAACAGCAAUAACCCUAUUUUUACAGCGGUAUCCAGCUCCGUCCGACAAGUCUCCCUCCUACUGCGCUGCAUUGGUUUUUCUCCCAAAGCCGAAGUCCAAAUCACGACCGACGGACUCCGCUUCUCUGUUGAGGAGUUCCGUGCCGUACAAGGACUUGCAUUUCUCGAGCGAAGUCUCUUCUCGUCCUACAGCUUCAAUGCAUCCUCCGACACCGCUCCAUCUUCUCCUAACGAAACAACCUCGUCGCCCAGCUUCCAGAUCAACCUGAUUGCUUUACUGGAGACUCUCCAAAUCUUCGGCCUCUCGGAUGCCACCAAUUCUUCCUCCCGCAAUCCUAACGGCGGCUUCACAUCCUCAUUUGCUCAUAAUGCUUUCAACACUCCUGCACUCGCGGCAACCGGCGGGACAUGCCGUAUAUCUUAUCCAUAUCUAGGCGCUCCACUCAGCAUUACCAUUUCCGAAGCAGGUGUAACAACAACAUGUAAUCUGAAUACGUACGAAUCUUCCACCGAUGCAGGAUUCGAUGUCGAUGAGUCCAUUCCCUUACAAAGAGAUGCAUUGACCUUGAAGAUCAUAAUGCGAAGUACUUGGCUGUAUGAUGCAAUCACCGAGCUUGCGUCUACCAACCCCACGAUGUUGAUUCUCACAGCGUCAGGUCAUACCACCCCUCUCUUCGCCCUUGAGGGGGCGGGCGGUCCCUUCGGAGACAGCGUAGUUGACUUCCAGCCCGAACCGUCACGAACCCCAAAGUCAGGUCUGAGCUCCAAUGGAACAGGAAAAGAUGAGAAGGCCAGGGCGCCCUUGGUAUCUGAAACCUUCACCGUCCUCUCGGGCUCGGGAACGAGAGGAACGAUCCGACAACGUUACAAGUUCGCGCACAUUCAGAAAGCGGCACGGGCAAUGGAUCUGGCUAGCAAAGUUUGCAUCCGUUGUGAUAGUCAAGGUGUCAUGAGUCUUCAAUUCAUGAUUGAGCUCUCCAGGGACGGCAUUGGUGUUGGACCAGCCAGAGAUGCUGAGCGGCCUAAUGGUGGUGGUGGUGGUGGUGCUGCCGCUGCAAGAGUGAGCUUUGUGGACUUUAGAUUCGUUCCUCUGAUUGAUGAAGAGGAUGAAGAAGAAGGGUCUGACAAAGAGAAUGAAAGCUUCGGCGGGGAUAUGAAUGGCAGUACCGCGUCCGAUCAAUAA